AUGAAACCAUCUAAACUGCAAGAUCAUCUAAGAAGAUACCACCCUGAUAAAGCAGAGAAAGAUUUGAAAUACUUUCAAUCACUCAAAGAUAAAUUUCAGAAGAGACCUACACUGGACAGAAGGUUCGCUUCGACGUCACAAAGAAAUGAUGAUGGUUUGCGGGCGUCUUACAAUAUCUCGUUACUUAUAGCAAAAUCCGGAAAACCGCAUACUAUCGGAGAGAAGUUAAUUUUGCCAGCCGUUGAAGAGGUUUUAAAAACUGUUUUACACAAACCUGCAUCUGAUAUCAUUAAAAGAAUUCCCUUAAGCAACAAUACUGUUGAAAGACGUAUUGAUGAAAUGAGUUCUGAUAUUGAAAGCUUCUUAUGUAAUUAUUUGCAAACGACCCAUUUCUCUAUACAACUGGACGAAUCAACUUUACCUGAUAAUGCAGCAUUAUUAUUGGCAUAUACAAGCUGCCAGGAAGACGACGUUUCAACUCACGUUCAACAUUUAAAUGCCCUCUAUUCAGAUUUUGAAUCUAGGUUUGAGGAUAUUUUGACUAUGGUAAUACCACCGUGGAUAAUUAAUCCAUAUGGUGACAUAGAAGAAACGAAUGUCAUAAUACAAGAGGAACUGACUGAACUAAGUACAAACGAAGAACGUAAGGUACCAGAAGAUACGAUUGCACAGUCCCCACGCAAGGUACGUGUUACCCCCAUCGUUCUUCGUGAUGCUUCGAGAUGGCGAGGCGUAAAUCACAAGUUUAUUUCCUUGGGCAUCAAAUUCGAACGCGCGGUUGCCGUCGAUGCAGGAAUCAGGAUAAUUCCCAAGUCCGAGGAUGAUUACCGCAGGAUUAUUCGUCUCUUCAGGGAGGAAGAGGUGCCCCAUCACACUUUCCCUCUACCCUCCGAGAGGAACAUUCAUGCUGUAAUCAGAGGAGUACAUGCGACACUUUCGGAAAUUGAGAUCAAGGAAGAGUUGCAACAGAGGGGAUAUUCCCCCCUGCACAUAAUUCGCCUGAAACGCGGUGGCGGCGUGCCCAUGCCUUUGGUGGUAGUCAUACUGCCCAAGAUAGAAAAAUCUCAGCAGCUGUUCAACGAACACGAGCUGCUAGGUUUGGCUAUCCGAGUCGAAGUUCAAAAGAACUCAAGACUCAUCGGGCAGUGUCACCGCUGCCAAAAAUAUGGACAUGCGCAAUCUUACUGCACUGCACCACCUAAAUGUCUAAAAUGUGCCUCUGACCACAUGACCCACUUAUGCCCUCAAACAGAACAAGAGGAACGAAAGUGCGCGAACUGUGGAGGGGGGCAUCCAGCGAAUAGCCGAACUUGCAGAUUUGCCCCUAAGAAAAAUCUGCAAGUGAUAGCGCAAAGGCGCAAUGUAAGUUACGCGGAUGCAGCUAGGGAUGCAACCCGGGCUGCCCCCUCUGUGGGAUCUUCUGCGAACACGCAAAAUGUGGACCUGGCAACCGCGCUAAGGUCCUUACAGCAGAUCAUAGGUCCUCUGAUUAGCGCAACACAGGCUUUGCAGGCGAUCUUUCCUGCAAAUGGCUAG